AUGAAGAGCAUCGUCGUCGCUACUUUCUCGUUGAUUCUUUGUGCAGCGAUCGUUACAGUCUCUGGCCAGGAUAACGAAGCGUUGGUGAACUACUGCGCACAACCGCAAAAUCGAGAAGUCUGUGAACAACUGCUAGCAUCACUAAUCUUGGAAGAACAGGAAUCCUUGCCACAGAUGGACAAACGAAAACCAUCAUUUGUUCGAUUUGGUAAGCGUACAGUAGCGAUGAUGGAAAAGCGAAAGCCGAGUUUCGUACGAUUUGGACGAAAGUAA